AUGAGCCAUCCUUUUUUCUUACAAGCAGUACAGGGGAGGAAUAAGGGCUGCAACUCGGUUGUACAAUGCCAGCCCGGAGCAUUUCCCGUACCAAAGCUUCAAUUUCAGUUUUUUGGAAAUGGGGAUAGCGAUAUGGGCGCACGUUCAUUGGCUAAGUACCGUGCAUCAAGGGAAUGCGAUGGUCAAUUCUGCGUUGAGGAGGAAGACAUGUCGGAGUAG